AUGUCCUCCGCCUUCACCACCAGCGCCGGCCCUUCCGCCUCCACUUACAAGCCCAUUGAAGGCGAAUCCAACGCGAAAUUUCCGCCUUACAGCUCCGGUCAAGCUCAGGUGAGCUUCUCAUUUCGCUCAAAAGAUCGCCUUCAAACCAAUGCGGGCAUGUGGCAGCAGGGCGCGUCGUUCCCGAUGCCGACCGACAUGCAUUUGUCCCCGGCCCACACCUCGUUGAGCGCGGUUCCCCCCGCACAUUCUCAGGACAGAGACUAUGCAUCCAAGUCGCUCCUCCCGCCUGCAGGCUACGAGCUGGAGCACAUGGGCGAUGAGCAGGGCCAGGCCCUUAUUCAGUCGCCCUGGAGCAGUGUCGAGCACGCGGUCGCAGUCUUCAACGCGACACAGGCUCUGUCUCACCUCCUGGCAGAUGUAAUUCUGGGGGCGAACACCGAAGGUCCCGCAUUGGAGACCCCCGACGUCGCGGAAUGCGACAAGGAGAAUUGGAUUGCCGACGUUCCACGCGAUCUGGAAGAUAGCCUCCAGUCAAUCUACUCCUCGACUCGCAAGCCGUUCGAAGGCUGUUCGGUCGCGCCUUCAAGCUUGUGGCUUGUGAACCCCAGCAUACGUAUCACCACUCGCACCCCGGAAACUGUCGCGUUACCGCCUCCCACCAAGCGCAGCUUCGCGAUGAACGCCGUACGCCUCAGGUUUCCUGCGUCUUCGGCGAGCGUGGUUCGGCCCACCUUCUCUUUCGCGAAGGUCUUCUCCCCAAAGGCAGCCCCUCCUCGCAUCUCGGAGUAUGCCCAGACGAUCCCCCUUAUUAUCUCUCAACCUUCCUGGCUACCGCAGUCGCCGACUCGCAAGCGCCCUCGCUCGAGCGAUGUAGAGGACUCUAAUGUCUCCCCUCCGCACAAGAAGGCGAAGUCGGACACGGACACGGUCGCGCUAGAGACAGUUCCACAAGAGCGCCCCCUCCCAGGAGUUGCUGAUGAGACAACGCCCAUCGUCGAUGGACCUUGCGAGUCUGCGCCAAAGCCGCUGUGCGAGGUUGAAGCAGAACUGGAUGGAGAAGACACAGGCGACCUCGAGGUUCCAGAAGACGACACGGCUCAUCAAGACAACGCAACCACGGACGACGCGCCUAUUCCACUCCAGCGGCAGGCGUACGCUCCGCGACCACGCCGGACCAACGCCGAGCUUGCGCAGGUCACCGUUCCCAACUUGGAGAACAAGCAAUGCGGAGUCCUUGGCUGCACGACGAUGCUCUGCCCUACGGAUGGCGACAAGAAUCGCCCCCACAUCAAAGGGCACCACACCCCUGCGCAAAUAGCGAGCAAGGCCUCCAUAACCUGCGCUUGGGCCGGCUGCGGACAUGUUGAGAAGGGGAUCUGGAUGACGCGACACGUCGAGAGGGACCAUAUCAAAUAUGGGUACUUUUGCCCGUUCGAGAACAAAUGUCCUAUCAAAUGGAAGGGGAGCCGGGCGAAGGACCAGUCCUGGCAUAUGAACGUGUACCAUCCUGGCUGGAGAGGAUAG